AUGGUAGGAAACUAAAUUACAGGGAAUCUUUAUCUAGGUUGUUCUGCUGGAAGUAAAUCUCGUUCUCAAAGCUAUUAUAUCGCAGAGCAUUUGCUUUUAAAGGUGUAAAUUUAUGAGAACGGCAUUUUGAGAGUAAACAUUGAUGAAAAACUGGUGAAUCCAUAGAGGUUUAAACUAACAGACUAUGAUUUGGGAGCUUCUCAUGUUGAAGAAUAGCUGAUUUCCAUUGGUAAUCUAUAGGAUUACUCAGUCAGAGAAGAUGAAAAGAUAUUCAUUAGUUAUAACAGCAAGGAUAAAUUGGAUACCUACUAAUACACCAUAUAGUUUUCUCCAUUCAGGAUUGAACAGCGAAUAAAUGAUAUUACUACAAUAAUUGUCAAUGAUAAAGACACUCUGAUGUUUGAAAGUUUUGAGGAGCUAUUAAAAUUAGACACUACAAAAGAUAAAAUUAAUGAAGACUGCUUGGCUUACUUAAAGAGUGAAGUGGAUAAUUAAACAUUAGAGUAUCUUUUUGGAUUAAAUUAGAGAAUUUAUCUAGGAGAUGGUAAUAGCAUGUUAUUAGAAAAUUCUAUGGUUAAAUAAAUUAGACAGACCUAGACAAGCAAUUAUCUCAAGAGAGAGGGAUUUGUGAUUGGAUUCAAAGUAUUUUCAAAAGAUUUGUUCGGCUUGCCUGAAAGAUCCUCACAAUUUCUCCUUGAAAAUACAGAUGAUUAAGAGCCAUAUAGAUUUAGCUUACCUUACAUAACUGGUCAUAGUAAAGAUCAUGAUGAAAGUAUCAUGCUUUAUAAUGCAGCUGAGACUUGGAUAGAUAUACUUGAAUUAGAUGAGACUGAUUCCUCAAAAAAUAAAUAUAUCAAUGUCAUUACUGAGAGUGGCUAGUUAGAAUUUUUCUUAAUAGGAUCUGCCUCUAAAGAUAGAAUACAUACUCCACCCAAAAGAGUUUCUAAUUUGUUGGCUACUAUAGCAGGAUAUCCUAAUCUUCCGCCUCGUUUUUCGAUAGGAUUUCACUACUCAAAAUGGGAAAAAGAGACUUCUGCUUACAGACUUGUAGAGUAUAAUUAGAAAUUUGAGAAUGCUGGCAUCCCUGUUGAUGUUUUAUGGCUAGAUAUUCCUCAUACAAAUGGAAACAGAUACUUCACAUUUAACCCAUUCACUUUCUCUUAGUAAGAUUUACAUAAAGCAGUUUAAAGCUUAAACUCAAAAGGUAGAAAGAUAGUGGUAAUUACAGACCCUCAUAUUAAAGUAGAUCGAGAUUAUUCUAUAUAUAAAGAUGGAUUGCAAAUUGAAAGAGAUAAUAACAUAUGCAAGAACGAUAAAAUUGCAAACAUAUUUAUCAAGGAUCCCUAACAUUAUAAUUUCAGAGGUGAUUGUUGGCCUGGAUAAAGCUCAUGGAUAGAUUACUUUAAUCCUACUGCAUAGGAGUAUUGGUCAUCCUUAUAUGAUUAUUCAAAGUUUAAAGGCACAACUAGUAUGUUUCAUAUAUGGAAUGACAUGAAUGAACCUUCAGUAUUUAACACUGAGGAAACAGUAAUGCCAAAACAGAAUCUUCAUGUCUUAGGUGAUGGAAGAAUAGUUCCCCACAGAGAUACUCAUAACGCCUAUGGACUCCUAAUGACUAAAGCAACAUAUUAAGGACUUUUAGACAGGGAUGAUUCAAUGCUAAGACCAUUUAUAUUAACUAGGUCAUCAUUCUUUGGAACUCAAAAGUAUGCUGCUAAAUGGACUGGUGAUAACAGAGCAAAUUAAGCCGAAGUUGGAGUCUCAUUGAACUAGCUUCUAAGCUUGGGUAUAUCUGGAAUGCCUUUCGUAGGAUCUGAUGUGCCAGGCUUUGCUGGUAAUCCUAGCUAAGAGUUAUUCAUAAUGUACUACUAGAUUGCAGCUUGGUAUCCCUUCUUUCGAGAGAGUGAUAAAAGAUGCCAUAAAUACAAGAUAUAACCUCAUUCUAUAUUUGAUGAAAAAUUAAUUGAAACUGAAGAUUCAUUUAUGAUCGGGGAAGACUUUGUUAUCUUUCCAAAGUUAUAGUCUCUCUAAUCAGGAAUGAGUAUUGGGUAUUUUGCUAGUUAGACAUUGCCAUAAGGAAAUAUUUGGUACGACUAUGAAACUAAAGAGAUUACUGAAGGUGAUUCUAAACAAAAGGACAUCAUCCUAGAUGAUAACUAAAGAGGUGCUUAUGUAAGAGGAGGCAGCAUUAUUCCCAUUAAAUUGCAUGGGAGAUCAUAGUCAUUAACCUUAGCAGAAGAUAAACCUUUGAGAUUAGACUUGUAUUUGGAUAAAAAUAAUGAAGCUUAAGGUAAGCUGUACCUAGACGAUGGUAUUUCUUUUAGAUAUAAGAAAAAUGAUUAAUUCGUAUUGAUCCAUUUCAGAUUUGAAAAUGAUGUAUUGACCUUUAAACUUGAUAAUUCAGCCACUGAUAUCACAGAUAAGUUUAAAUGCCUUAAAAUCAAGGAGAUAAAUUUGUACAGUAAAUAUAUUAGAUAUAUAUCUUUUGAUGUAGUAGCUGAUGGUGUUUCUUUGGACUAUUUGAUUCAAGAUUAAAUAGUCAAAGUUAAAUCAAAAAUUCUGCAAUAAAAUAAAGUCUAUAUCAAUUAGCAGUAAUAGUCUGAUGAAGUCGAAUUGGAUCACUAAAUAUUUUAAGAACCUUCUUAAUAAUGGAAAUAAAUAACUUCUAAUCCAAAUUCUGACUCUGCUUAUAAUGAUUCUUAAGAAUAGACAGAGGAAAAAAUAAAUCUAGCUUUUGAACUCAAGAAUCUAAAUCUCAAAAUAGCAGAUAUGAUUAAACUCCAAAGAUAUGAUGAGGAUGAAUAUGUAAAGCUUUUGGAAUUUAAAAGAUGUGUAAGUUAUGUAGAAUGA